GACCUCUUUGCUUCUGUGAGAAUUGUAAACUACUAUACUUUCCAGUGAUCCUGGUGGAGGGAUUGAAAUGUCUGAGUUCAUUCGCGAGGCCACACCUCCAGUUGGUUGCAGUUCAAGAAAUUCUUAUGCUGGUCUAGAUGCAAGCAACCAGAUUGGAUCUGGUUCUUCUCGUCUUGGAACAGCAGCAACUAUUAAGGGAGAUACAGAUACUGCUAAGACUUCUGAUGAUAUCAGUUUAAGUCUGGGCCAGAGCUCAAGUCUUUGUAAGGAAGGAAGUGAAGAGCAAGAUUUAGCAACUGAUCGGAAGCUCUUCCGUCUGGUCUCCAAUGACUCCUUCAUCUCCAUUCAGCCUUCCUUAUCCUCUUGUGGACAGGACUUACCAAGGGACUUCAGUGACAAAGUGAGCCUGCCAAGUCAUAGCCACCACCACCACAUCGAUCAGUCUCUGUCCAGUGCCUGUGACACAGAAGUAGCUUCUCUUGUACCUUUACAUUCACACUCUUAUAGGAAGGAUCACCGACCACGUGGUGUGCCACGGACUUCUAGCUCUGCUGUGGCUUUUCCAGACACAUCAUUGAAUGAUUUCCCUCUAUAUCAGCAAAGACGUGGGUUAGAUCCAGUUAGUGAGUUAGAAUCAUCCAAGCCUCAUUCUGGAUCCAAAGAAUCCUUGGUGGAAAAUUCUCAUUUAUCUGGGGAGUUUCAGCUUGCUGGUGACCUGAAAAACAGUAAUUCUCAGCCACCCACAAAAAGUGGGAAGAGCAAACCUUUGAAGGCAGACAAAAGCAUGGACAGCUUGAGGAGCUUGAGCACACGGAGUAGCGGGUCAACAGAGAGUUAUUGCAGUGGAACAGACCGCGACACUAACAGUACUGUCAGCAGCUAUAAAAGUGAGCAGACCAGCUCAACUCACAUAGAGAGUAUCUUGUCAGAGCACGAGGAGUCUCCUAAAGUAGGAAAGAAAAGUAGCAGGAAAAAAGAGUGCUGUACUGACCUAGAGGAGAAGAGCACCUGUGCCAGUGACAAAAGGACUAGUGGUGAAAAGACUGCCUUGGAAGGGAGUCCAAACAGUGGGGUUGAUGAGGCCAAGGAUUCUAAUACCUCUGAUGAGAUGCACAAUCAGAGGGGUCUCAGCACCUCUGCAUCAGAAGAAGCCAAUAAAAAUCCCCAUGCAAAUGAAUUUACUUUGCAAGGGGACAGACCACUUGAGAAAACUGCAGAAAAUGCAGAGGAGCAGAGUGAUAAGUCAUCCGUUCCAGUAGAUUCAAAAGCAUGUAAAGAUGUUGGUGGAAAGCAAAAGGAAGGGGAUGUCCGACCUAAAUCCUCUAGCUUAAUCCACCGGACAGCCUCUGCCCACAAGUCAGGCAGGAGAAGGACAGGGAAAAAACGGGCCAGCAGUUUUGAUUCAAGUCGGCAUAGAGACUAUGUUUCCUUUCGAGGUGUUUCUGAUACAGUGCUCUAA